AUGCCCGAGCGCAACGAUGAACAUAAUGGCCAGCGACCCAGCCCUCCGAUAGUCCCGCCAGCACGAAGUCGCUCGUACCGUGGCGCUAUCCAGACGGGGUGGCAGCUCUCAUUUGGUCCGCAUGCAGCGGGCCACGCUCAUGGGCGCCUCGAAUGCCCUGCUUUGCUUUACGACCCAAACGUCUUCGAUGUCGUUCUUGUUCCGCACGCGCUCGUUUCGUCGGUCACGCAGACCGUAAACCGUUACAUGAGGAAGCAGAGCAGCAUGGGUUUCCGGGAGUCGGAGGCGAGAUUUUUUGGUGAAGUUCCUCCCACUGCUCCUAGGAGGUCCGGCGGGGAUAUCCCCAUUCCAGUUCAAUGUCCACGAACUCAUCAUGUUCACCCCUCUCACACUCCUGAAGAAGGCUCUCGCCACACGACGCCAGACGCUCGCCACAUGACUCCUGAUAGACCCCCUCAAGCUCAAGUACCUCCUCCGCCAGCUCAAAGUCAAAGGAUAAACCCACAACCUGCCCCUGCGCCUGCACAACCCCAGCCGACUGCUCGCCACGUCCCGCCGCCACCACCACCUCCUAUAGCGCAGGCUCUUCAACAGGGGCCUCCACCACCCGCGCCUCAACCCACUUCAACUGGUCGCAGCUACUACCGACCCUCGGCACGAUAUGACGAUCCUCCCCCCGCCCAACCUGCUCCUAAAGCGCCACCAAAGGCGCGACAAGCACGUCAAGCACGUCAAGCCCCUCCAGCCCCUCCUCCGCGUCCCCCGACACCCAUGCAAGUUGACACUGUGUCGGAAGGGCCCGAGAGCGAGGCAGAGACCGAACCAGCUGAGGUGCGACCCCUGUCGCCGUACUACAACACGUCGGGUGAGAGUGAAGUCGGCUCGGACGACGAGGACUCGGAUGAGGAGCACGAUGAAUUGGACGACGACGACGAUGACCACGCACCACCUAAGCACCGCGCGUCGAUACGUCGCCAAAACUCUAAGACGCUGCAGAAGAAGCAGCAGAAGAACAUGUGGGUGCAGAACAGGAGGCCGGCGCCCUUGCGCGCGCGCGCCUCCGCCUCUUCCAUUCCUAUGGGUCCUACCAAUCCGGUGGCGAGCACGUUGCCUCCGAGGGCGGCGAGCCUUGGGCCUCCCGUGGCCCCAAGGAGCGCAGCUGCGGGAAGCAACACGGACAACGACGAUAACGACGUCGCGAUGAUCUGUUUUGGCGAGCGCCCCCGCGGCAACGCGAGGAGUGCGCCCGUGUCCCCUGUGGGGUCAUCCGCCUCCGCCGCGCGCUCUCCGAGCCCUGACGUGCCCCUCUCAAGCACCGCGAACCUCCAAACCACUGCGGAAACUCCGGACGGCGCCGACACGGACCACGAGCACCUGCCACCCAGGACGCGCAAGAAGGUGGGCCGGCCGAAGAAGCGCAAGGUCGUGCCCAAGGACGACGGCGACACGCCCGAGCGCGAGUCGAAGCGGCGGAAGCCGCGGACGAGCAUCAGCGCGGCGAAGGCGAGCCCGCCACCGUCGUCGUCGGGGGCGAAGCCGCCCGCGCCGGAGGCGCCGUACGGGCCCGUGUACACCUGCCGGUGGCCGCGGUGCGCGCACACGCUGCACCAGGCGGACCCGCGCGAGGCGAAGGCGCACAUCCAGUCGCACAUGAACGCGUACAAGGCGGAGCAGACGCGCGAGCACGCGCUCGUGCGCUGCCUGUGGGACGGGUGCGACCAGUGGGCGAAGGUGGAGAACCUCGGGCGGCAUAUUAUUUUCGUGCAUUUGAAGAUGAACUAUGAGUGCCCGCAUUGCGGGAAGACGCUGGCGAGGAAGGAUGCGCUGAAGAGGCAUUGCCAGAGCCAGCACCCGCGUGAGAUGGACCAGUGGCCGCAUAAUGGGCAGGAUCCGGACGGGGGCGGGGAUGCCAUGAUGGAGUGAGUGAGUGAGCAAGCAAGCAAGCAAGCAAGCAAGCAAAGGCAAGAAGUCAUUAAGAAGUUCUGAAAGUUUAUGCAUGUCUUUCUUUUUGUUUCAUAUGUUGUAUGUGUAUGGCCCCAUAUGCAUGUAUUUCUGUUUCUCUGUAUGUAUGGUAGUCCCACCCAAUGUCAUUCCUUUGGUCUAUGACACUAUGGC